UCAGAGUAUUUCGACCGACGCAGAUCCUGCCGUCUACUCCCUUCUCGCUUUGAAUGAUACAGGCUGUGCUCUUCUCUUUCGGGUAGUUAAAAAAAAAACGUUAGCAGGAGAGACAGCCAUCUUGAAAGUAGUAGCUUUGUGUGGGGGGAAAAAGUCGUUGUUUUAGGCAGUAAGGAGUUUUGUGUGUGCGAGGCAAAAGGAAGGGCGAGUCUGUGGAUGCUAGCUCGGUAGCUUUUUUUGCAUGUCGUCGCGCUCCUAGUUCUGAAGUUUGAGUUUCACGUUUUUUAACUUAUUUGGAUUUGGAGGUGAUUUUAAGAGGAAGAUGGGAUGUACUCUGAGCACGGACGACAAGGCGGCACAGGAGCGGAGCAAGAUGAUCGACAGGAAUCUGCGGGACGACGGAGAGAAGGCAGCCCGGGAGGUGAAGCUGCUGCUGCUCGGUGCUGGAGAAUCUGGGAAAAGUACAAUUGUUAAACAGAUGAAGAUCAUCCACGAGGCGGGCUACUCAGAGGAGGAGUGUAAGCAGUACAAGGCCGUGGUCUACAGCAACACCAUCCAGUCCAUCAUUGCCAUCAUCAGAGCUAUGGGACGUCUCAAGAUCGACUUUGCCGAUGCAGCCAGAGCGGAUGAUGCACGCCAGCUGUUUGUUCUGGCGGGUUCAGCAGAAGAGGGCUUCAUGACAGGAGAGCUAGCCGGGGUCAUCCAGCGGCUCUGGAAGGAUGGAGGAGUUCAGGCCUGUUUCGGCCGAUCUCGGGAGUAUCAGCUCAACGACUCAGCAGCAUACUACCUGAAUGACCUGGACAGGAUAUCCAACGGUGCUUAUGUGCCAACCCAGCAGGAUGUGCUGAGGACCAGAGUCAAAACCACGGGUAUUGUGGAAACACACUUCACUUUCAAGGACCUGCAUUUCAAAAUGUUUGAUGUCGGUGGACAGAGAUCAGAGAGGAAGAAGUGGAUCCAUUGUUUUGAGGGAGUCACUGCUAUCAUCUUCUGUGUGGCUCUGAGUGACUAUGACCUGGUUCUGGCUGAGGACGAGGAGAUGAAUCGAAUGCAUGAGAGCAUGAAGCUGUUCGACUCCAUCUGCAACAACAAGUGGUUCACAGACACCUCCAUCAUCCUCUUCCUCAACAAGAAAGACCUGUUUGAGGAAAAGAUCAAAAAGAGCCCUCUCACAAUCUGCUACCCGGAAUAUGCAGGUUCCAACACCUACGAGGAGGCUGCAGCUUACAUUCAGUGCCAGUUUGAGGACCUGAACAAGAGAAAGGACACCAAGGAGAUCUACACCCACUUCACCUGUGCCACCGACACCAAGAACGUGCAGUUUGUGUUUGAUGCCGUCACCGACGUCAUCAUCAAGAACAACCUGAAGGACUGUGGCCUUUUCUAAAGGCAGAUCGGUUGCCAGCUUUCUAAGUGACUCUGUUCAAGGGGACUCUGACUAGAGGGUACUUCAUGCACCCUGCUGAGAAUGUCACUUUUAACCUCUUAUUAACUUAUGUUCAUCUCUCAAAAGUUUUAAAGACGGUGUGUAGAAAAAACAUUUUGUGUAAAGUAUUUGUACAACUGUCUACGGCCGGGGAUUUUUCACAGUUUUUAAAAAUGUUCUUGUUUUACCUUAAUAUCAUGAUUCUAAAUUUUUAUAUAAAACGGGGGGGUCUUCAUAAUUAUUUUUUUUGUCCAUAAAUGAAUACUUUUUUUUUUUUUUUUUGUAGGUGCUUGUGCCUUGCAUGCCUUAGUUGCAAUGUUUUGUUCUUGUCGAGUUAGAUGUUAGAUCCAUGUAGAUGUUACCAUUGAACUUCUUCAAAGCCCCCGAGUCCAUGUUAUCUCUUUUUGUUCUAAUGAUAUCAUUGUGGCAUCAUUUUUUGCCUGUUUGGACAAAACCAAGAAAGACCAAGUCACUCUGUAGACCAAUUCACUCUGACUCUACUGUGAGAGCUGUGUGGAAACCUUUGCGAGAAUGUGGUUUGCGUGUGUGCUUUUUUUUCCUUUUUUUUUUGAUUAAGGCCAAGAGCCAGAGUGAGUGAGUGAUUGUAUGUCUGUGUGUGUGAGAGAGAGAGAGAGAAUAUAAAACAAAGGGACUAUAUUCCUCUACUUGUCAUCCUCUUUCAAAGUUGUAUUUUUCUAAGCGACCAAACAGAAGCUAAUCUCUAAUUAAGGAGUGCACGUUGUCGGUGCAUGGCUACAAACUGUAACAUUUCUAAUUGAAUUGAGAAUUAAAAGAGAAGCUUUGAACAGAGGAUGCCAAUGUUGGCCUUGUAGCAGACAAUAGGACCACACGUAGAUCUGUGACAGGUGGCAGGGUACCAGCACUGUUACAGAUCUCGAUCUGUGACAGUUUCGAGUUACAUAUAACCCCCUGAAACCCCAACCCUCUGUUUCCAUUGGAUGGGCACAUUAGUGGACUAAUCUCCAUGAUUUUUGCUAAUAAAAAGAGCUGCUGUGGUAAAACCAUGGCAACUUAUGCAAUGCA